AUGAAAGUAGCGCUGAGCGUCAAAAGCCCCGAGUCAAAAGCCCCCGCGACAAAAGCCCCCCGUCAAAAGCCCCCGAGUCAAAAGCCCCCGGCGCAAAGGUUACAUGUACAUGAACACCUACAUGCAAAAGCACGAGGGGCUUUGGACUCGGGGGCUUUUGUCGCGGCGGCUUUUGACUCGGGGGCUUUUGUCGCUCAGCCGAAAGUAGUACUCGAGAUAUGCGGCCAUACAAGAGUGCUCAUCACCACAGAUGUGUGGGCCAGGGGAGUGGAUGUGCCCCAGGUGUCCCUCGUCAUCAACUACGAUCUACCCAACAACAGGGAGUUGUACAUACACAGAAUAGGAAGGUCGGGUCGAUUCGGACGAAAAGGUGUUGCAAUCAACUUCGUCAAGUCAGACGAUAUCCGAAUUUUGAGAGACAUCGAGCAGUAUUACGCCACGCAGAUCGACGAAAUGCCAAUGAAUGUACAGGACCUCAUAUAAACAACCCCAUCGCUCUUCGAAAAAAAAUUGGAUAUGAUCUUCAAGCCAUUGAGAGCAACAUUGGAUUAGGAAGGACAAAUGAAAACGAAGCUGCUAGAAAUGAAAUAAGAACUGGCGGUAAACUUAUUGAAUGUUUCAAUUUGAUCAUGUUUCUGGAAUCUUAGUGACUCAUAUUUUAUUUCAUGUUUGAAUGUUGAUACCCGUUCUGUUAGAUAUUAAAUUAAGUUCAACUUGAAGUCAAUUUAUAUGUUAUGUGAUC